AUGUUAUUGAGAUUCAGAUUCACUAGCAAACAAGCAAUGUCAUCUAAUGAACAAGAAAGGCUCUGCUGUUAUAAUGGAGAAGUCCUUAUUUUUCGUUUGUCUGAAGGAAAUUUUGUAGAUGAAGGGCCUAAAAAAACUCCUGUGUUACAUGUCAGAAGAAUGGUAUUUGGCAGAGGACCAGGGGGAUUUGUUCAGAAAUCCACUGGAUUCUUUAGCAUAAAAGAAGAAUACUCUCAUUUAAAAAUUAUGUGUUGCAACUGUGUUUCAGAUUUCAGAACUGGAAUCAAUCUGCCUUAUGUUAUGAUACAGUGCAUUAAAGAAAAGAACAUUUUCAAAUAUUUUCUACUGUUUCUUCAUGGUACCAAUAAAUUUGAAAAGUGUUUGAGUUUUAGACUAGGCUAUGAGAUGAAGGACAGUAUAAGGGUCCUUAAUGGCCCUUUAGUUUUAUGGAGACAUGGUCAGACAUUCUUUUAUGUCUCUUCUCAAACUGGCAAAGUUGUCACUGUGUCUAUGAACUUUUCCUCUGUUGAGUGGGCAGGGGAGAUUGAAAAUCUAGGUAUGGUUUUGUUAGGACCAAAGAGAUGUUAUUUAUCUGCAGAAGGAUGCACUCCAAAGCCUUCAAAAUCAGAUUAUGCAACUUGGAAUACCCACUUCUGUGCAUACUCUCUUGAAAGGGCAGAAAUAAUAAGUGAUACAUAUAUUAUCCCUCCUGCUUAUACCAGCAUGAUAACAUUUGUACAUGUCUGUUCAACUGAGAUUGUCAAUGGCCAGUUAAGAAUGUCUCUGAUUGCCCUUACUCAAAGAAAUCAGCUGAUUUCAUUCCUAAAUGGGACUCCUACAAGUGUGUGCCAGCUUCCAUUUGGAGAUCCUUGUGCAGUUCAACUUGUGGAUUCAGGUGGAGAAGACCUCCUUUUCAUCAUAUCCUUUAAGUCCAAUGAUGCUUGUGCUGUUUGGGAAAAGAGCUUUCAGGUCGCUGCCAAGUGGCAGAAGAUUAGUUCAGUACUGAUAGAUGACUUCUUUGGAACUGGAACGGAACAAGUACUGCUACUUUUUAAGGACUCCUUGAAUUCAGAUUGCUGGAGUUCCUUUGAAAUAAUAGGCCAUGACACCUUAAACUGUUUGAGUGAAACGUUGGAUUGCAAUGAAGAUGACCUAUUUGACGACAAACAUGAGAAUUGUUAUUUGGUGGUCCUACCUCUGGAAAGAAGAUUGAAAGUUGGUUUCAUUUCUAUUUGGAAAUUACAGCAGCAUCUCUUGCUUAAGGAAAAAAUUAUAUCAAAAUCUUACAAGGCUUUAAUGAACUUGUUUCGAAGAAGAGAUGAUAGUACAUUAAGUGCAGAGGAGCUGGCUUCCACCCCCACAAGGCACCUACAGCCAGUGCCCAUAGUUGAACAUGUGCACACCACCAGCUCUGGCCAGAACUAA